AUGGCAAUAUUGAAACUGCCCUUUUUUUCUAAACAACCAGAAGUAAAACCUUGGAGCUUUCCUGAGGAAAAACACGAACGAAUAACAGAUUAUUUGUACGGACGAGAAGUAAAUUUAAAUUCACCAUAUAUUCCAAGAGAUUAUUCAAAAUAUGUUUCAAGUAAAAUACCACAAUUAAUUCAAGAAUCUGAAAUAAAUAUGGAAAACCAUGAUAAAAUAUUUUCAUCGCAUUGGAUAUCAUAUGACGAAAUUGUUAUAGGAACCAAAUAUAACGGAAAUUGUUCAGGAAUCCGUAGUAUUGCCGUUAAUCCGUCAAAGACACUUUUAGCUGUGGGCGCCGGAAAACCAUAUCAAGUCACAAUUUAUGAAUUACCUUCAUUUGAUCCUGUUGCUGUAUUUGCUGGUCAUAAUGAUCUAGUAUUUUCUGUUGAAUGGUUAGAUGAUGAUCAUGUAGUAUCAGGUUCGCGUGAUGGUACAAUCAGACUUUGGUCAAUUCAAUCAAAAAUUGUUUCUGAAUUACCCAUCCUCCCUAAUAAAUACAUCAAUGUUCAUCAAUCUUUACUCACAAGAUCUGGGAAUAUUGGUAAAGUAAGGGAUUUGAAAUAUAAUCCAAAAACAGAGCAAAUAAUGACUCUUUCAACCGCAGGUUAUGUUAAGAUAUGGGAUUCUUCUUACCUUAACAGAAUUGCAAAAAUUCAACUUAAUCACACAAAUGAAAAUGUAUGCUUAUCAAUGAAUCCAAAACUAAGUUUAUAUGCCGUUGGUUCACAAUCUCAUGUUUCAAUCUUAGAUCCAAGAAUUUCAUCCUCAAUAGUUCACGAAAUAGAUUCAGUUGAUGAAGGCUGGGAAAUUGGAUCUGGUUGGCUGAAUCGUGAUGCUGUAUACAUAAAUCAUUUUUCUGGUUCCUCUAUUCAAAAUGCAAUCUAUACACUUUCUUAUGAUGAAUCGGGUACAAAAUUAUUCUCUGGUGGUGGUCCAUUACAUCUUGGAUUAAAAGGUUCGUAUGCUGCUCUUUGGGCAUAA